ACUAGUUACUGUACAAUUGUACUGUAUUGUAUUGUACAUUGUACAAUGCAUGGUAUUUUACGUACUAAGCUCAGCCGCCCCAGCAACUUUUUCCAAUCAUUGAUGCAUCUACUACGAGGUAGCAGCUAACGUGCCAUUGUUUACUUAAUUCACAAACACAACACUUUAAGACCAAACAUUGAAGCUAUAUAAUUCUCAUAUAAACUUUUUCCAUUUGAUUUUCCCCCCUCAUCUGGUUUCGGCCCUCCAAUCAUGGCUGAUAAAGCCGAGAAGUCCGCCGAGAAGUCCGCCGAGAGCGCGGUCGAGGUGCGCGAGUCCAUCGAGGCCAAAGCCACAGCCGAGAAUAAUAGUGCCGAUGACACCAGCAACAACAGCAACAACAGCGUAACGGCGCAAGAGUCUGAAAAAUAUAAGGGUGUGGGAGGCAAUCGGGGUACUAAUGAUAGCGAGGGUGUCUCAGUCGGCGCACGCGCAGACUCAGGGGCCAAUGCCAGUGGCGACGCCGAUGCCGAGGGUGACAUCGAUGCAGAUGGCGAACCUGAGUAUGAACGAAUACCGAAUCGCCUCAACAAUGACAUGCUUAAUGUCAUUGAAAAUACGGCAAACUACCUUUCUACCUACAAAGACGACGAUGGCUACCACAUCGCCUCCCACUUUCAGCGCAUCCCGAACCGACGGUUAAUCCCCGAAUACCACGAGGUUAUUAAAGAACCUAUCGCCUUCAGUACGAUCCGGACCAAAAAGCUCAAGAAACAAUAUACCGCCUUCACCGAGUUUGUUAGAGAUGUCGCUUUGAUUUCACAUAAUGCCAUGGUAUAUAACCGCCCAUCUUCCGAAUUCUUCCAGGAUGCUGUUCGCUUGCGUGAAGUCUUCAAGGAGGAAUUGCAGAAGCUAGUCGACGACGGAAUCAUUAAACCAGAAGAUGCCGUACUUCCCGACCUAGGAGAGAUUCCCGAGGCAGAAGACUCCCCGCCUCCAGACCAGAACGAGGAGGAGGCAGAAGAGGAGGAUGAAGAUGACGACGAAGACGACGAAGACGACGAUUCAGAUGACGAUGGCGUCCGACGACGAGGGAGACGUGGUGGCCGCCAUUCGAUCUCUGGUCGCAAGUCUGACUUGAGAGAUGAUGCACAUAAAAAGCGAGGCCGACCUCCCAAGGUCUUCACCCCGCUCGAGGCUCGCAUCUACGCGCUGCUGAAAGGCCUCCGAAAGUUCAAACAUCCGAACGGAGAUUUGCUGAUCGUUCCAUUCGAGCGACUCCCGGAUAAGCAGACGACGCCCGAUUAUUUUGCUGCUAUUAAAAACCCCAUUGCAAUGGACCUCAUCAAGCGCAAGGCGAAGAGGAAAAAGUAUCAGAACGUAGACCAGGCGUUGCAGGACCUUGACUUGCUGUUUGAAAAUGCAAAGCAAUACAACGAGGAAGAUAGCCAGCUGUACCAGGAUGCUUUGGAGCUACAGCGUCAAGCCCACCUGCUUGCCGAGCAGGAAAAGGCCAAGCCCGACAAUGACUUCGAAGACGAAGAUGGGCGACGACCUUUGCCGGAGAUUCUGCAUAAUGGAGAAGUCUGGAGGAUUGGCGAUUGGGUUCAUAUCACAAAUCCAAACGACUUGACAAAGCCCAUCGUCGCGCAGAUCUACCGAACUUGGGAGGAUAAAUCGGGGCAGAAGUGGGUGAAUGCAUGCUGGUACUAUCGACCAGAGCAGACAGUCCAUCGGUUCGAGAAGCAUUUCCUAGAGAACGAGGUAGUCAAAACGGGACAAUACCGUGACCAUCGGAUUAGUGAGGUUGUGGAUCGUUGUUUUGUCAUGUUUGUGACGCGGUACAACAAAGGUAGACCACGAGGAUUUCCCAAGGACAAAGAGGUAUACGUUUGCGAGGCGCGGUAUAAUGAGGAGAAGCAUAGGCUCAACAAGAUCAAGACUUGGGCGAGCUGUGUGCCUGACGAAGUUCGCGAAAGGGACUAUGAAAUGGACCUGUUCGACAUACCUCGAAAGCUGAAAAAAGUGCCUAGUCCUAUCAAGCAUCUUCUACGAGACGACGCGAAACCAACAGAUGCUCUACCUAAACCAACCUGGGGAGCGCCUAAUGCACCACCCCUUAUUGGAGCUGUUCAUUGUCGAAAUAGAGAACCGAAUGAAUCUCCUCCACCCGAACCAACGCCGUCACCUCCACCGCUUCCCAUUGUUGAACCGGUACGACGUCCUUCCAUGAUGCAGGCAACACGCCCUAUUGAUGGACAAGGCGACAUCGUAAUGGGAAAUACUCCUCAUUUCCCCACCAUUCCUGCCCCACCAACCCCAACUCCUGGGCAUGUAGGCGCCUAUGCAACACCUCAUCACUUUGCGCCGCGCCCUAGUCCCACUCCGGUUCCUGUUCCUGUUCCACAGUACGGUAGCCAUGCCGCCGCCGCCCAUCCCGGCUUUUCUACCCAGGCCGUCCAGGGCCCUCAUCACAGCACUCAUAGUCAUGGUCACGCCACACCACAGAUGACCCAGCCUUCGCAUUUUCAGGUCCAUCAACCGCAUCAGCCUCCCGCUUACAACAACACAUACCCGCCUCAAUAUAGUGCCAGCCCAAUUCCUAUAGCCCAUCAAGCUCAUCACCCUCCCCCUCAUCAGAUGACUACACCCAUACCUGGCUACGACCCAUCCCAUCGUCUUGCGCCAUCGCCCGUCCGACCUUCUGUUGCUGCUGCACCUAGCCCUGGCCCCCACGCCCCGGCUAUUGUUUACAAUCCGCCCCGUCCAGUCGAGGUCUACCGCCUGGAUGAUGCACUCAAUGCUAAGAUCCCGAAGGAUGUACGGGACCAAUUUCAGCACGACGAAGCCGGUCGUGUGCUGUUCUUUUCUCAGCCUCCUCUAGAUCGUCCGCAUCGGGAUCUAUCGAACGAGAGCGCUGGCCUGGGUCAUAGUGUUCGCUAUCUUGCCGACCGUGCACGUGAAACCGAGGACCGUCGAGCGAAGCGUAAGGCCAGAGAUGAGCUACGCCAAGAGGAAGAGAAAAAGCGUCAGGAGAUGGAGAAGGCAGAGGCUGACAAGCAGAGCAUGGAACUGAUCGACCUCGCUGGCGACCUGUUCAUUGGCCUGGUCGACUCUAUCAAUAAAGAGAAUGACAAGUUAAAGGCCGUCUACGAUGGCUGGAGUGUUCGUGAUAGGGAGAUCGACGCUGCCAUUACCGCUACUGCUGUCCAGUCGUCGUCUGCGACCUAGCAAGUCGGCCUAGAGAAGAAUGCUAUAAGCGAAAUGUGACUUGGUACCAUCUUCGAUACUGUCGCAGAUGCCUACCUAGUACUUACGGCGUUGGUGCGGAAACAAGGUUCUCUUUUUUCUAACCGUCUGGGAGUUUUCAAGAUACCACUUUUCCCAGCUGGGUAUUUGCAAUGCUAAUACGUAAUUGGAGAAUUCGCUCCAGAGGUCAGGCGGCAUAAUGGAUCAAAGCAUGAUUACUGUUAUGCAUCUAGGCAGUGACUAGUCUCUCUUGAGGUAGCAAAUAAAUGCCCCCUUUAUACCAUCAGACUUCUUGUACGCUCUCUACCCACCUACCUCUACCCACCUACCUAACCUAGUACACAGGCAUGUAAUUAAUAAGAUAAAUAAAAAUCAACUCAUUAUUAGAAAGGUAGAGAGAGUGCCUAGCUAUACACCUAGGUUACGCUAUUAGUUAGGCUUCGGUUGCCAAUUUUUGAAAUAACCUCACUUCGUCUAAGUACACAUCUUUGGGAAGGACAUUUUUAUACAUAUGUAGGUAGGUACCUACCUACCUA